ACUCCUCUCAAAUCGUUUACCUGUCGCUUGCUCCUGCAGUUGUGGUCUCAGUUACAGCAAGGAAUGCUAGGCAGGUGCUGCAAUUGGAUCCAUUUUUAGCUGACAAACAUGAAACUGUACUCAGUUACCAUGAUACCCUUGGUUUCUUUCCUGGCCGCUCUGCGCUUGCUCACCGACGCUCAAUCCUGCAAUAAUGGCUUAGGUAAAUACGCCUUUGAACUCGUCAUGAACUACCGAAUGGGCGGAAACAACGGAUUCGGAGUGUCAAAAGGCGAAGUGGUCACACUGGUCGACAAUCCCCUGAGAGUUCUCCAGACCUGCAAACAGCGAUGCGAAGACGACCCUAAAUGCCUUUCUUUUGACUUCACGCCCGGACAAAGAAUCGAAAACAAUGCAGGACAUCCAGCUGCUGCCAACGGCCAAAUGGGCAACAACCAACAACACGUGGAACCUGAGUACAAGGAAUCCAUCUGCCAUAUGUACCACGACAGGGCCUCUCCAGAUGGCGGAGAUGUUUUGGUCAGACAGCUCAAUACUUUCCACUUCAACAAAGUUUGCUUCUCAUCUUCCAGACUCAAUAGCGAAUGUCCGAACCGCCUCUACGUGAUCAAAAGAACCCCAGGACACUGCUUCGAAAGCCAUACUGAUCAAGAAGUUUUUGCCACCAACCGCACCGAAUGCGAAGAAAAAUGCAUCAAUGACCCCGAAUGUCUAUCUGCCUGCUUCGACAGAGGUGGCCAGAAAUGUCGUCUCAGCAGAAACACGAAAGCAAUGAACCCUAAUGGCUUUAUUAGUGACUCCAACAGCGAUUAUGUCGAAAAUAUGUGCCUUUCAGAAUCUCAAGCUUGUCCCAACCGAGCCCACAUCAUGGAAUCAGGUAAAAGACCCAAUGGCGCCAUGGAAUUGGAAACCAUUUACACCCAGCACUUCCAGAGCUGUUCAGACAUAUGCGCCCAGAGCCUAGAGACCAGAGGAUACCUCUGUACUGCCUUCUACCAUGAGGAAGACUCUUGGCUUUGUACAACUUACAUGUACUACCCAGAUGCUUCAGAUGCCAACGAUAUGUCCGCCACACACGAAACUGUCACCUUAAUACCAAGCCAAGGAGAUUUCUACAGAAUACUGUGCGGAAAUGCCGAUCGAGACGCCUACAUCAACAACGCCACUGUCGAAUGCUUCCGCAGGAAACGAUUGGAUGUCGCCCACCAAGUUGAAGUGAAAGUAUAUUCAUUCCAAGAAUGCCUUGAUGAAUGCAUGAGGCGUUAUAACCGUGACUGCCAGUCUGUUGAAUACAGUUCGCGAUUUCAGUCUUGCAGAUUUAGCAGCCAGUCUAGCGGAUCGAACAAGCCCAACUUGGUAGAUGAUGAGUCUUACGACUAUUACGAAUUCAAAUGGAUCAGAGGAAGUGGAAACCGCGGGCACAGUUUCAUCCAUAGACCUGGUUACGGAUCCCCAGCAGGUGGUUCCAGCGGAUAUGGACCUUCAAGAUGGGGACUCGGUGGUCCAGUUGUUCCACCAAGCGGCGGAAGCACUUCUAUUUCUCAGUCAUGGCCUUCUGGUCCAUGGAGUGGUCAAGGUUGGGGACAAAAUAGCCCUCAUGGAUCUGUCAACUAUCCUGCGUAUCCACCUGCUCUUCCACCAGCUCAACCCUGGGGUUCAGGCAAUGCUCAUAGUUGGAGUCAAGCUGGAGGUUAUCCACCUGUCGCUCCACCCCAAAAUCCUCACUCAGCUCCCGGGGGAUUUCCAGGAGGUUAUCCAGGUUAUCCGCAAUCUAACCCUUUCAACGGCAAUGGAAUCUUCCCACCAGCAGGAAUGCCCCAGCAACCCUUUCCCAACAAUAAUUACGAACUGUGCAAACCAGGAUCCUUGUUUAAUGGCGGUGUGUUCCGAAGAGUUGGAUAUGGAACUAGAUUGAGAAGCUUCUAUGUCAGGCGAGUGGUCAGAACAGAACGGGAAGAAGACUGUGAAAAGGCUUGCUUAGAGGAAAGAGAAUUCAUCUGCUUGUCAUUCAAUUACAGAAAUGUGAUCCCCGAUAAUUGCGAGCUCAGUGACCAAGACACCAGACACCUGCAAUUGAACAAUCCCGGUCACUUUGAGCAAGAUUCUCAGUUCGAUUUCUAUGAAAGAGACGCACAAGCUGCCAAUGGAAUUCCCGGCGCCAGCGCACCCAACUGUAUUGAUGUGAGCCAGUCUUGCAGUCCCGAUGGUAUUGAAUUCACGAUGAAGACCCCAGAAGGCUUCUACGGACGAAUCUACACAUACGGUUUCUACGAUUCGUGCUUCUACGAUGGAAAUGGCGGUACCACCAGUGUGCUCAGAAUCUCGAGGGCCAAUGGAUUUCCCCGAUGUGGAACACAACAGUACGGAGACGUGAUGACAAACAUCGUGGUCGUCCAGUUCAAUGACAACGUCCAAACAUCAAGAGAUAAGAAAUAUAACCUUACGUGCUAUAUGUCAGGCCCCGGUGAAACCGUAGUAACAUCCAGCUACAUGGACACCAGGACAGACGGUCGUUACCCAACCCAAAUCGAACAUCUACCAGCCCAGAACAUGCUCACAUCAAACAUCGUUCUACGAGUUCUGUAUAGAGGCGCACCAACGAAUACCAUUGCGGUUGGAGAUUUGCUCACUUUCAGACUUGAAGCCAGAGGACACUAUCACUAUGAAUACUUCAGUGACAUAUUCGCCACCAACGUCAUAGCCAAGGAUCCAUACUCAGGAAGACAGGUUCACCUAAUUGACAAUAGAGGCUGCCCAGUCGAUCUAUACGUCUUCCCAGAGCUGCAAAAGACACCAGAUGGCGCUUUGCAAGCCGACUUCUAUGCUUUCAAAAUUCCCGAUUCAAACCUUCUGGUAUUCCAAGCCACCGUCAGGACUUGCAGGGGACCUUGCGAACCAGUUAUCUGCAGCGAUAGAGGUCGACCAGGUUCCUUCCCAUCUUGGGGCCGCAAGAAACGUUUUGCACCAAACGAAACAGCUGCCAUUUUCGCAGACGACAACAGUAAUGAUAUACCUGUUGGCAACGGAACAGAUGAAGCUGAAGUGGUCCACGAUUUACUCAAGGUCUACCUUUCCAGAUCAGACAUGCCCCCCGAAGCUGCAGCAGUGACAAAGACCAGCACCGUGUGUGUCGCUCAAGCUGGAUAUUACACCUUGGUCAUCUUAUCCAUCGUCCUUGUGUGUGCGAUAGUUGUUGUAGCAGCUGCAGCCAUGUACUUUUUCAAGAAAUCCAAAUUAGCAGCAAAAGCAGCCGGCAUGAGUGGGCCUCCUCCCGGAUUGACCAACCUCUACAUCGGCCACCAGUACCCAGGACACAAGAUCGAUGACCCCAGUGAGCCUAUCUACACAGACCCAUCGCUCUUCGAAAGGUCUAGGAGUAAUAGAAAUGUGGCCAACGCAGGAAAGACCACCUGCAACGAGUUCAACUGAAAAAGCCCGCGAUUAACCCUCCUCCAAACAUAACUUUGUGUCAAGCUCUCUGCUAGGGAAACUAUCCGCUCUCAAAAAAAGAAAAAAUCAAAGACGCUCCCAGAAACUCUUCCAGGUACCGCAGUGCGGUCCUGUGCGUCUUUUUUAACGGGGACUUUAACGGUUACUAAUGAUCUCCUUGCCUCCACCAUUGUACAUAACAAUGCAUACCUGAAAAUAUGUCUGUGUGGUGUUAGAUAACGUCUCAAAUAAAGUUGUUGCU